AAAAAUAAAUAUAUAUAUAUAUACAUAUAAUUUAUAUUAAUUGAACUAUAUAAUGGAAACGAUAUUGGAACAACAACGACGUUAUCAUGAGGAAAGAGAACGGUUGAUGGACGCUAUGGUAAAAGAAAUGCUUUUUAAAAAACCAGGCCAUCGUGAAAAUAUUAAUUCUGAGCAUAGAUUAAAAAUGUUAUUGGAUCAGUAUAUGGAUAGUACCGCUAAUUUACAAGAUUUGUACGAAGAUAAAGAUGGUCAAAGAAAAGAGGAGGUACAAGCACUUUCGGGUCCUAACGAAUUUUCUGAAUUUUAUUCUCGAUUAAAAUCUAUCAAAGAAUUCUAUCGUAGACAUCCGAAUGAAAUUAGCGUACCAAUGUCAGUCGAAUUUGAGGAAUUAGCCAAAAUGAGGGAAAAUCCAACAGAAGAAUUGUCCAACCUUGUUGAAUUCACUGAUGAGGAAGGUUACGGAAAAUAUUUGGAUCUUCAUGAAUGCUACGAAAAGUAUAUUAAUCUUAAGGGUAUCGAAAAGGUUGAUUACAUUAGUUAUUUGUCUACGUUUGAUCAUCUAUUCGAUAUUCCAAGAGAAAGGAAAAAUGCCGAAUACAGCAGAUACAUUGAAGUCCUUUUAUUAUAUUUGGUUGAUUAUUUGAGUAGAGUUAGACCAUUGUUAGAUAUAAGUGCAGAAAUUGAAGAAGCCAAUAAGGAGUUCGAAACGCAGUGGGAAAAUAAUACAUUUCCUGGAUGGCCGAAGGAAACUGGAAGCGCAUUGGCUCACGUUGGAGCACAUUUGGAACUUUCUGCUUUUUCAUCUUGGGAAGAACUAGCAUCCCUCGGAUUGGAUAGAUUAAAAUCUGCAUUGAUGGCYUUAGGUUUAAAAUGCGGUGGYACUUUGGAGGARAGAGCGCAGAGACUUUUUAGCACUAAGGGCGAAGCUUCUCUCGAUCCAAACUUAUUAGCUAAAAGUAAAAAUAAAAAGUCUGGCAAAGGUAAAGAUACAGAAAAACAGAAAGAAAUUGCAAGGGUAGAGUCUCACGUUUACAGGCUUGCAGAAUUGGUUUCUAGUCAAAGAGUUUCUACUAAAGAAAAUGUACAAAGGAAACAAGCUAGGACAGAAGGUGAACGAGGUGAUUCGGAUGCGGAAGCAAGUGCGAGUGAAUCGGAGGAAGAAGAUGAUAACGAAGUUCCKUAUAAUCCUAAAAAUUUGCCUCUUGGUUGGGACGGMAAGCCUAUACCAUAUUGGUUGUAUAAAUUACACGGUCUUAAUAUUAGUUACAACUGUGAAAUUUGUGGUAAUUUCACAUACAAAGGACCUAAAGCUUUCCAAAGACAUUUUGCGGAAUGGAGACAUGCUCAUGGCAUGCGUUGUCUUGGUAUACCAAAUACCGCACACUUUGCCAAUGUGACUCAGAUAGAAGAUGCUCUUGCUUUAUGGGAAAAACUGAAAACUCAAAAGCAAGCCGAACGUUGGCAACCAGAACAGGAAGAAGAAUUUGAAGAUUCCCUUGGGAAUGUGGUUAAUCGUAAGACUUAUGAAGAUCUUAAAAGACAAGGCUUGUUAUAAAGCAUUUUAGUACAACGUUCAUCUAAUUAAAAUUAUCUUAAGUAAACUUUACUUAUGACAUAAUUGAUAUAAUAUGUUUAAUAAAAAAUAUGGUAU